CUCGUCUCCACCAAGGACCCCUCUCGGUGUAACCACGCCCUAUCAGCUGUUUCCUCAAAAUCACCGGAGCUCACGGCAAAAAACUUUUCCUCCAGUCGCUUCAGUGCAGUCUCACAGUGAACCCAUGAGAGACUUCACUGCGUCUUGGAGUUAAAUUCUGUGCGGUCCAGUUCUCAGCAUGUCUCUGGCGGAUCUGCAGUGGUGUCCCACAAGCGUCCAGGUAACGGUACUCCAAUCCAGAGGCCUCCGGAUAAAGGGGAAAAACGGCACCAACGAUGCGUACGCUAUCAUGCAAGUGGGCAAGGAGAAGUUCCAGACCUCGGUGGUGGAGAAGAGCGUGGCCCCGGUGUGGAAGGAGGAGGCGGCCUUCGACCUUCCGCCGCCCGGCCGAGGAGGACCGGAGCGCAGCACGCUGCAUGUCCACGUCCUGCACCGGGCCUUGGUGGGGCCGGACAAACUGCUGGGACAGGCGGUCAUCAACCUGCUGGAGCUCAGCGUGGACAAGACCCGCAGCAAGACCGAAUGGUUCAAGUUGCUGGACAAAACUGGCAAGGCGGAUAAAGACAGAGGAGAGGUUCUGGUGGACAUCCAGUUCAUGAGGAACAACAUGACGGCCAGCAUGUUCGACAUCUCCGCUGCCGGCAAAUCCAAAUCUCGUCUGGGCAAGUUCAAGGACAAAGUACGCGGCAAGAAAAAGGAAUCUGACGCUGCGUCUAACAUGCUGCCGUCCUUCAGUCAAGUCCUGACCGACAGCGAGGAGGAGGGGAACGGUGAGGUGACUGCGGGAAAGGACGAUAAAAAGAAGAAACACAAGAUUAAGUCUUUGUUUUCUACCAAGUCCAACCUGCAGAAGAACAUGUCUCAGUCCAUGUCUAUUCUGCCCGUCAAGAACUCCUCGCUGAGCGGCAGCCAGUCGUCUGGGCUGAACGUGGAUUCCUCUGAAGGUAAAAAGAAGUUCAAGUUCAUGAACAAGCGCUCAGGCAGCUCAGACGGCAAAGACUCCGGUCAUCAGAAACAAGGUGCUGCAGAACAGAGUAACCUCUGCAUCAAUGGCAGCCAUGUUUACCGUGAAGAGCCGCCCCCCCGGUCCUCUCGCAUCGGAUCAAACUUCAGUCUGACCAGCUCGGGACACGGCUCCAUGGAGGAUGUCCCCGAAAACUCUCCUCCAUCUGUGGAUUCACUGAGAGCCGUGAGGCAGUAUUCACCGUGGACAGAGGAGGAGGAGGAGGAGGAGGAAGUAGAAAACAUGGAAGAGGAUGUGGAGGAACAAAGAGAAGAAGAAAGGAUUAAGAUGGAGAAAGAGAGGAGUAGGAAACAAGAGGAGGAGGAGAGGGUUAGGAAGCAGGAAGAAGAGCUUGAGAGGUUGGCAGAGGAGAAGAGACUAGAGGAAGAAGAAAGGAGGGAAGAAGAGAGAGUUAGAAAGGAAGAAGAGGAUAGGAUUAGGAGGGAGGAGGAAGAAAGAGCCCAGGAAGAGAGGAGGCGACAAGAGGAAGAAGAGAGGGAAAGAUUAGUGGAGGUAGAGAGGAGACAAGAGGAAGAAGAGAGGGAAAGAUUAGUGGAGGUAAAGAGGAGACAAGAGGAAGAAGAGAGGGAAAGAUUAGUGGAGGUAGAGAGGAGACGAGAGGAAGAAGAGAGGGAAAGAGUAGCGGAGGUAAAGAGGAGACAAGAGGAAGAAGAGAGGGAAAUAUUAGUGGAGGUAAAGAGGAGACAAGAGGAAGAAGAGAGGAUUGAAGAAGAGAGAGUUAGAAAGGAGGAGGAGAAAAGGGUUGAGGAGGAGAGGAGACGAGGAGAAGAAGAGGAGAGAGCGAGGAGACAAGAGGAUGAGUUAGCAGAGGAAAAGAGGAGACUGGAAGAAGAAAGACAGAUUGAAGAGGAGGGAUUCAGAAAGGAAGAAGAGAAAAGGAGGGAGCAGGAGAGGGCUGAGGAAGAGAGGAGGGAACGAGAGGAAGAGGGGGGGGUGAGAAGUGAAGAUGAAGAGCAUGAGAAAAAGAGGAGACGUGAGGAACAGGAAGAGAGGCAAAGGGAGGAAGAGGACAGAAUAAGGAUGGAGGAGGAAAGGACUCAGGAAGAGAGGAGGAGACUAGAGGAGAGCGCAAGGAGAGAAGAACAGUGUACAUUAGCAGAGAAGAGAAGAGUGGAGGAAGAAGGAAGCUUUACAGAGGAGAUGGUGAGAGAGGAGGAGAGGGUUAGGAGGGAGAAGGAGGCUGAGGAAGAGAGGAUACAAAGAGAGACAGAGGAGAUGGUGAGAGAGGAGGAGAGGGUUAGGAGGGAGGAGAAGGAGGCUGAGAGGAGACAAAGAGAGACAGAGGAGAUGGUGAGAGAGGAGGAGAGGGUUAGGAGGGAGGAGAAGGAGGCUGAGGAAGAGAGGAUACAAAGAGAGACAGAGGAGAUGGUGAGAGAGGAGGAGAGGGUUAGGAGGGAGGAGAAGGAGGAGGAGAGGAUACAAAGAGAGACAGAGGAGAUGGUGAGAAGACAACAAGAGGAGGAACAAGAAAGGAGGCAAAGGGAGAAAGAGGAAAGGAUGAAGACAGAAGAGGAGGAACAGACUAGGAGGGAAGAGGAAACACUGAGACAAGAGGAAGAAAGAAGAAAGAUUGAGGCAGAAGAGAAAAUGAAACGGGAGGAAAGGAUAAGAAUGGAAGAAGAAAAGAUGAGGAGGAAAGAAGAAGAGAUGAGGAAAGAAGAAGAGCGCAAGCAGUUGGUCGAGGAAAAGAGGAAACUAGAAGAAGAAGAAAUGAGGAGGAUUGAGGAAGAAGAAAGGUUUAGGAAAGAGGAAGAGAGGAGACGAGUAGAGAGAGCUAAGAAGGAAGAAAGACUGUUGGAGGAGAAAAUGAGACGAGAGACUCAACGGAUUGAGGAAGAGGAGAAAGUUAAAAGAGAGGAGGAGGAGAGGAUUAGGAGGGAGGAGAAAGCAGAGGAUGAGAGAGGAGAAGAGCAGGCCAGGAAGCUAGAGGAAGAGAAGGCAACACGGAAAGCAGAAAAACAAAAGAAGGAUGCAUCUCAAAACAAACUCAAAGCGGCUGUGGAGAUCCCUGCAGAGGUCUCUUCCAAUCCGUUUGAUGAGGAUCCAGACUCACCGGCUGGAGCAGACGCAGACAAGAUGUCCGCCAUCCAGCACACAGACAAGAUAUCCGCCAUCCAGCACACAGACAAGAUGUCCGCCAUCCAGCACACAGACAAGAUGUCCGCCAUCCAGCACACAGACAAGAUGUCCGCCAUCCAGCAGAGGGUUCAAUCUGCUGCACCAUUGGUGGGAAGCAAGUCUAUUUCUACAGAUGAAAAGGAUCCUAUUAGUGCUCAGCGGGAGAGGCGGCUGGCUCCUCAGCCUCCAGGAAGGAAUCAAGACGAGAGUCAGAAGGAUGGCUCUGCACAACAACUACCACAAAUGACCAAGAAGAGUUCAGACAAAGACAUCAAAACCGUCAGUGUUCUGCCUCAGCGCUCGGUGCAAAUGAUUGCUCCUAUUAGUAGGCCUUCCACAGACACAAAGAACACCCAGAGCUUGACACAAAGUAGUGCCACCAAAGAAACAUCAAAUGAAGCCAAACACAGUAAACGUCCUGCGCCGCUUAAACCUCUUUCUGUGGAAGAAGAGCCAUCAUCUAAACCCAAGAUAACCCUGUCUUCCGAUGGCAGCAUUUCCCAUAAAUGUCUCUCUGUGGCAAAACAAGUCCCAAUCGCUUAUGGCUUGAAUCCAUUUGAAGACGGCGAAGAUGAUAUUGCACCAGAAGAUGAAGCAGCGCCCUCUAGUGAAACUGGAUCGGGACAAAGGCCUUCAGUAGCAUCACAAGCUGCUGAUAAAGAUGACGCAUCUCAAACAAAAAUCAAACCCUCAAAAGCCCGCGCUCCUCUACCUUCUGCAAGGAAAGCUGCCACAAUGAGCACUUUAAUAAACCAAAACAAAGAAGGAGAACAUGUUACAGGUGCGACUGAUAAUGUGACCCAUGCAUCUGACCCCAAAUCAGAAGCUAAAAAAAGCAUCCACGUCCAGGAGGCUCCCCUUCGAGAGUCUCAGCCUGCCACAGUGCAGAGUGCUGGGGAGGAGGCAGGCGGGAAGAAAGACGGAGCUCCUGUUCCUUUGCGCAGGCUUCAACCUGUGAAACCCCUUAAUCCUCUGGAACAGCAGUCGGUUUCAGUCGUUCAAGGGGAAAGAGAUACCAAAUCCUCAAGAAUCACAUGUGAAGAUCAGGAGAAAACAAAGGUCAAUGCCCCCAGUCUGAAAGGGCCCUAUUCCCAGCUUACUCAGGAGGAACUCAUCUCUCUGGUGCUCAAACAGGAGAACAAGCUUUCAGAUAGAGGCAAAAAGAUAUCAGAGCUGGAGCUGUACAUCGACAACUUGCUGGUGCGCAUCAUAGAGGAGAAGCCGAGUAUUCUCAUGUCCUUGAACUCUGCGAAGAAAGCUGCCUAGGAUUUACAUCUGACACUUUAUUCCAACUGUAGCCUUCUCUGUUCAGACCCAGUAAUCUAGCCGUACCACCAAAGACAUUUAGAUGUUCUUGUGGAUUAUAUUAUGAAAAGUAGCUGGAUAAUAAAGGUUUGAGCAGUUUCGACUUCAUGUUCCCUAUACUGGCUAAUGAAUAACGAUGACAAUUUAAAUCUAUUUUGUAAAGGACAUCUUGCAGAAGCUGUUCCAGUUUUAUCUGAGAACUUUUCAAAGAUAUUUUUACAUUUUUCUAAAUAUUUAGUCACCUUUUUGACACUUUGCUACAGUAUGCGUUUGACGAAUGAAUGAAUAUCUGUCAUGAAUGUUUUCAUGUUGAGCAUAAAAGUCUUUGAUGAAUGUCAAAUUAUGUCAAACGUAAUUACUGUAUUUCACUGUAAAAAUAAAUAAAUAAAGUUUAAAAACAGCUUUCAGGUAUCUCCGGUAUGAAGAAGAGCCUUAUUUCACUGUCGGAUCUAUGCACUAGUUAUGUAGAUAAUGUUUCUUUUUUCUCAGUGUCAAUGUUUAUAUGUUUCUACUAACACUAAAAGGCGCUUUACCCUGCUUGUACUAUUAACAUGAUGUACACUGAAUUGCUUUACUGAUUUAUGGUAUCAACCUAUGCCGAAUGAAAUAAAUGGUUUUCUUUUUCUGAUAAACAAA